CUAAAUUUGGGGAUAAAGAGCACGAAUUUGCCCGGGGGAUGCUACAAGUAUAGCCUCAUUUUCCCAGGCCCAAGUCAACCAGAUGAUCUGUUACUGGGCAUACACUGCAACAACUCGUGUCUGCUUGCUUCCUCUGACUUCUGAGACUAUACUAAUGCACCCACAUUCUCCGAACCUGACAAUCAGUUUGUCCCUACAACAUCAACGGUGCAGGUCUUUUCAAAUGCAUUCAAAUACUGAGGUUCUACUUCCAAGGACCAUACAUACAGCCCAGCCGGUUGCCAUACGUGAAACUUUAAGCUCAUCCUGAUUCUUCAUAGGUAUUGGGGAAGUGGGUUGUUGUUGCGUCACAUCACUGCCUCUUUUUGCGCGCCUGGGGAACAGAAGCGAAUCACAUCUGGGGGCACAAACAGCAGAGAAGAGUAUAAGCAUGCGAUUCAGCAAUUUGGGGAGCGGAGGACAGUAAUGGAGGUGGAGAUGGAGGAUGCAAUAUGGAGGCGGUUGCCGGAGAAGCUGAUUGAGAGGGUGGUGGCGAUGCUCCCAGUGGUGAGCUUCAUGCGGCUGAGGGCGGUGUGCAAGCACUGGUAUGGUCUCAUGUUUUCCGACAGCUUUCUUGAAGUGUGCAGGGAGGUGAGGCAGGGGAGGCCCUGCUUCCUUCUCUUCAAAAUGGGCGUGUGGACGCAGGGCUUCCUGUACGACCCAUCAUCCCAGGAGAGGUCCUGGUUGAGGAUGAGCCUGCCCUUUAUUCCCCCAGGCUUCACAGUGGCCGCCUCCUCGGGGGGGCUUCUCUGCUGUGUUCCGGACCAGCCCGGUUGCAAGACCAUCUUUCUGUGCAAUCCCUUGACACAGAGUUUCUCCCUCCUGCCCUCCACAUUGAAAGAGCGCUUUGUUCCUUCUGUGGGUCUGCUUGUGGACGGGCAUACCCAAUCCUACAAGCUUGUGGUUGCGGGAGACGAUCUCAUUUCCCCCUUUGCUGUGAAAAAUCUGAGCACGGAAGUCUUGGAUUCGGCAUGUCCUGAGUGGAAGAUGUCGGGAGCUCUGCCUCGGCUAUGCAGUCUGGAAUCAGGUAAGAUGACUUACUCCGAUGGGUUCUUCUAUUGCAUGAAUUACAGUCCUUUCAGUGUGUUGGCUUAUGAUAUUAGGCGAGGGGUGUGGAGUAAGAUUGAGGCCCCAAUGCGCCGCUUUCUAAGGGCUCCCAGUCUUGUGGAGUGCCGGGGAAGGCUUGUUCUGGUGGCUGCUGUUCGGAAGAGCAAGCUGAAUGUGCCCAAGAGCAUUCGUAUGUGGGGGCUUCACCAUUCCAGGAAUGGGUGGGUGGAGCUGGAGCGCAUGCCCCAGACCCUCUAUGAUCAAUUCAUCACCCUCUCUGAUGAGGAUUCCUUUUCCUGCAUUGCCCAUGGGAAUCUCAUUCUCAUCACCAUGACCAAAAGCCCAGAAAUGCUCAUGUAUGAUUUUUAUGACAAGAUCUGGUCUUGGGUACCGCACUGCCCUUUUGUUGAUAGAGGGGAAGGGUUGCAGGGUUUUCCUUUUGAUCCAAGGUUGGAGGCUUCACCAACUGCCAUGGAGAAACGCUCUGCUCUUGCACCUUCAAUCUCCAACUUCUAACCAACUCUAGACAAGCUCUAUGGAUGAAUUCGCCUGCACUAUUCC